AUGGUAGAGCGAACCCACCGCACCCUAAAGGCUGCGCUGAUGGCACGAUGUACUGGACCAAACUGGAGGGCCCAACUACCCUGGGUCCUCCUUGGGAUCCGGACAUCGCCCAAGGAGGAACUACGCGUCUCCCCUGCUGAGAUGGUGUUUGGAGAGCCCCUCGUUGUUCCAGGAGAGUUCUUUCCAUCAUUCUAUACCACUGAUGAUGGCAACUACCUCGCCAGACUACGCCAGGCGGUGGGGAAGUACCGGCCAUGCGUCCAGACACACAAGAAGAUGCCCCCACAGCAGAGAGAGAGCCUCAUAGCUGGACACAGCGACUGGGUGUCCAUCGACCGUUUAAAGCCUGCCUACUUAGAGGAAGAAGAAUCUACGUCGACAUCACCUUUUGUUGAUGGCCAUACUUCUAUGUCAGACCACUCAUGUGCACCUCCUCCUACACCAGUCUCUGCAGAUAGACCUCGCCUGGCCUCAUCCCGCGCAGGACGGCUCAUUCGACAGCCCGAAAAACUUGAUCUUUAA